AUGUCGGAAUUAAGUAGAAACGAGAAAGAUGACAGUGAACCCAUCAUCUCUAAUGAGGUUUCUACUAAAGAUGAAUAUCCCAUGGGGUUGACCCUGUGGCUCCUUGUUGGGUCGGUCAUGAUGGCAACCAUCGUUGGAACCGCCAUUCCAAAAAUCACAGAUGAAUUCCACGGGCUUUCAGAGGUCUCUUGGUAUGGAUCAGCAUACUUCAUGUGUCUCGGUGGUUUCCAAUCCUCCUGGGGCAAAGCAUACAAAUUCUUCCCUUUGAAAUCGACCUUCCUCGUGACACUCUUCCUAUUUGAACUCGGCAGUCUCAUAUGUGGUGUUGCACCGAACUCCAACGCUCUAAUUGUUGGCCGGGCCAUAUCCGGCGUCGGCGGCGCUGGAAUCGCGACCGGCGGAACUACCAUUAUUGCCUUCUGCGCUGAGCCUAGAAAGCGACCGACUCUCAUGGGAUUAAUUGGGAUCACUUAUGCUGUCGCCGCCGUCGCUGGACCACUUCUCGGCGGUGUGUUUUCGGACAAAGUGACCUGGCGCUGGUGUUUCUAUAUCAACCUUCCAAUCGGUGGUGUGGUCGCCGGCAUCAUCUUGUUCUUUUUCCAUCUUCCAAGUGCCGUCAAGGUCCAAAAGGCUACCUGGAAAGAGAAGUUCCUACAGAUCGAUCCAGUGGGCAUCGUCCUUGCGAUGGCAUGCAUUAUUUGCUUCAUCCUUGCGCUGCAGUACGCAGGUACAACAUACGCUUGGAGAAGCAGCGAAGUGAUAGGGCUGCUUGUUGGCUUUGUCGUAAUUGCCUUGACUAUGGUUGCCUGGGAAUAUUACCAGGGUGAAUAUGCGAUGCUGGUGCCGAGACUAUUGAAGGAGCGGGCUAUCUGGGCCGCAUCCCUUUACCAGUUCUUCUUCGCUGGCUCGUUCUUUUUACUUCUUUACUACCUCCCUCAAUACUUCCAGAGUGUUAAAGGAGCCGAUCCCAUUCAGUCCGGUGUGGACAAUCUACCCAUGGUGAUUGCUAUCGGGAUUUUUGUUCUCGCCGGCGGCAUCAUCGUCACUAUCACUGGUCGUCCGACGCCAGGAAUGGCUCUAGGAGCGGCCGUUGCGACAGUCGCGAGCGGCCUUUUCUACACAAUGGAUAUCCAUACUUCGACCGCGAAGUGGAUCGGUUAUCAAAUUCUUGCGGGAGCAGCCAUUGCAUUUCCAUAUCAGAACUGUCUCAAUAUUGUUCACGCGAAGGUCGAUGCUGAAGAUAUCUCCACUGUCACCGCAAUCGUUUAUUUCUUUCAAACACUUGGGGGUGCUUUCAGUAUCUCAGCGGCCCAAUCUGCUUUCGUCAACAGGCUUAUCGCAACUUUGCCCUUGACUGCCCCAGGAGUCGAUCCGCUGGCUGUUUACGCUACAGGUUCCACUGAACUUCGAACCAUCUUCCCUGCGGAAGAAAUCCCCGGUAUCAUACUUGCGUAUAUGCAAGGUAUCAAGGCUGCAUUCGCGGUUUCUAUUGCAAUGUUUGGAACUGCUUUCGUACUGAGCUUGAUUCUUCCCUGGAAGAAGAUCCACAGCAACGGAAAGGAGGAUAUUGUGGCGAUGGCUUGA